AUGAUGUUUGAACAACUAAGGACGAAUGUCGAGGAAAAGCGUCGAGGUGGAUCAACCCGAGUCUCACGUUUCCCGCCUAGGCCCCAGCUCGCUUCCUCGAUUUGAAGAUCUACUGAUACUCCCAAGUCGAUACUGAUCGGUUCAAUUACAUCCGGUUGCAGAAAACCUGCGCCUCAACACGGCCCUAGGCAUCACCGACGCUGUUGCCAAUGGCUUGACCCCGUAUCAAAUUGGACGUUCGGUGAUUUUGGGCUCGACGUUCAAGAAUAGACCGCGCGAGGUCACGCAGCAUACCAAGAUGCGAUGGCUUUCGUCAAAUAUGGAAAGCCUGCGCUGUUCAUCACGGUGACUUGCAACUCCGAAUGGCCGGACAUCAAGGUUGCACUGGGGCCGAGCGACAAAGCAUGGAACCGCCCAGAUCUCAUUGCACGAGUGUUUGAGGCCAAGUUGAACCGACUCUACGACGACGUUUUUGGCAACAAGCAACGUGCAGGCUGUUUCGGCGUCGUUCUGACGCAUAUACACGUCAUCGAGCAUCAGAAACGGGGCCUGCCGCAUGCCCAGAUCCUCAUCACCCUCGCGCCUGACGAUCAUCCUUUGUCGAAGGACGCGAUCGACAAGAUGAUCUCGGCUGAGAUACCCGAUCCUUCGCGCUAUAAUGAACUUCACGAGACUCACAGUACGUUUGGCUGCCCCUUUCACCCUCGUGCGCUACUGGGUACAGAUUGA